AACCUGUCCGAAAUCAGUUUCAUGAGGUGCCUUUGUACAAAAACGCUGCUGCAAAGUCAUUAUCUCAUAUAGCAGCAAUUCCGAUGCCUAAUGUGUAUUUUUCGUUGAUGAUUUAUGCUGAGGCGCUUUUGUUUUGAGACGAGUAACCCGCGAGCUGCAGUGACGCUACGAACACAGACUAGAGUUUUCAGAUUGGAUCUGCUGAUUAGCCACACCAAACUAUGUCCUUUCAUUUUCAAGAGGACCGCCAAACAGGAGCAGAAUAUAGGAGCAUGAUAGUAUGACAGCUGUCAUAAUGUGACAGCCUUCUACACGGUGCAGGUGGUUAUUGUGUCCGUGUUAAGAUGCCACGACUAGAGGAAGUCGCUAAUGUUGUCCUCAGGGUGCCCAGCAUCUUGCUGUUGGACAUGCUGUAUAAAUGUGACAUUGACAGCUUCACGGAUCAUCUCAAAGCAAGGACAGAAGACAUGCUCUUCAAGUACAAAUAUGUCAUCUGGAACAUAUAUUAUUUGGGUCACAUAGUGAGCACCGUGGUGCUGCUGUUGCCACUUGGGCAUAUUAUCCAGCUCUACCUGCAUGUUCUCUGCGCCCUGCUUCUUUACAUGGGUCAUCAGAUUGUCAGAGAUUAUGUAAGAGAUGAAGCUCAGUAUGGAUAUGAUGGUGCACUCUUUCUGGACUCUCCGGCAUUGAACCGUUUUGUGACUGCACUGACCAGUCAGAUAAUAGUCAGUACGUUGUGUGCGUUCCUCAUGCGGACUCAACGGGUGUGGCUGUUCUCAGCACACUUGCUCCCUCUUCUGGCACGUGUGGUGUCUGUCCCUCUGGACUGGCUCCUCACAUUGUCCUCCGUGUCCAUGAUGAUCACAGGGGUCGAGGUGACCGUCUUCCUCCUCGCCAACCUCUUUGUGCCAUACAGACUGGUCAGAGCUGCUUACAGAGAGAUAAUGGCAAUAGAGGUGACUGAGUUGUACAGACUGAUGGCAGUCGGAGUGUCCCUCUGGCAUGGCUUUGCUGUGCCUGUGUUGUUUAGUGUUUUCUGGUUUGUGCUGUUCGGAGUGCAACUUGUUACCAAUUAUGGCACUAUCACUGCCGUCCAACAGGGUCUGCUACUCUACCUCCUCACCAGUGUGUCUGAAUGCUGUGCUAGCCCAUUCUCCCUGCUUGGCUUAACAUUUGUGGUGUCUUAUGUGGCUCUUGGACUUCUAAAUCUCUGUAAAUUCUACCUCGGAGGAUUCAGCGCUCUCCAGAACCAUAAUGUCAUGCACAGUGGAGUGACAGAGGGAGUGACUCUGCUGCUGUUGGCCCUGCAGACUGGGUUGCUGGACAUGGCAGCUCUACAGCGCUGCUUUCUGCUCUUUAUCAUCCUCUUCAUCGUUCUCACAUCUACUCUACAAAGCAUGAGUGAGAUCACAGAGCCUGUUGUGUUGGGGCUCGGAGCUAGUAGAAACAGGAGUGUGUGGAGGCACUUGCGUGGUUUAUCUAUGUGUGGCUUUCUGCUGCUGUUUCCGGGAUUCAUGGCCUACAAGAUCUCUCAGUUUUUCAACAUGGAUUUCUGGCUGCUGAUCUUGGUCUCUAGCUGUAUGCUCACAUCACUGCAGGUGACAGGCACUCUGCUGAUCUACAGCCUGUUCAUGGUGGAGGUCUGGCGCGGUGCUGCCCUGCCCGGAUUGGAUGAGAUUGUUUAUUAUGUGAAUGGAGUGUGUCGGGUGCUGGAGUUUGCGGUGGCUGUGUGUGUUGUGGCGUACGGGGCGUGGGAGUCCCUGUGGGGAGAGUGGAGCUGGAUGGGAGCAUCGGUCAUUAUCAUCCACUCCUACUGCAAUGUGUGGCUACGUGCCCAGGCUGGCUGGAAAAGCUUCUUGCUUAGACAAGAAGCUGCUCGCAAAAUCAAUGUGCUUCCACGGGCCAGUACAGAGCAGCUGCAGAACCACAAUGAUGUCUGUGCCAUCUGCUUCCAGGAUAUGACAUCAGCAGUGAUCACAUACUGUGGUCAUUUCUUCCAUGGCAACUGUUUGAGAAAGUGGCUGUAUGUGCAAGAGACAUGCCCCAUGUGCCAUGCCUCCAUUAAACCCUCCUCGGCUCAUCCGACGACUGCAGCAGGUGAAGCUCCACCGACCCACCAGAGCCCAGCUCCAUCAGAGCAACAGCCUUCUCCUGAGACCCAUCAGGAGGAAGAGCAGGGAUCACAUGAAGACAGUGUUCGCUCUGCUGAGAUGAACUGUGAUGAGUCUGAAAGGAAAUACUCAAACUCAGAGAGGAAUUGUAGCAAGGAGAGUCUCCAACACUUGCACUACGGUGCAAAUUAUGAUUUACAAGGUGUGGCAAAUCCUGUACCCAGCUGCUCAACGCAUGGGACCCAGAAGUAGCUUCUCAGGAGCUUAGGGAAGCGGACUGAAACAUAAGCUCAGCCAGAGAAGUGUGAAUUAUGAACACCAUUGCAACAAGACAGACUGACAGUGGGAGAAAACGGAGCAGAGCUGAAAGGAAACCAUAACAAUAGACCUGUAACGAAUAACAGAGACAGAAAUGCUGCAAAAGACUGCAGGUGCAUGAUGUACUCAGAAGACGUCCUGCUGAUUUUGUGCUAGGACUACAGCACCUCUGCAGCAUUAGAUCAUAGUUACCAAAUGAUAUUCAUUUCAAAGAAUCUCUACUUGACAUUUGUUAAGAUAUAGAGUUGGAUGAUUCAAUGAUGAUUGUCCAGUUCUGAGGAAGACACGAAAGAAUAGAUUUAUUACAAACAAAUUCUUGUUAGCAGUUACUAAUUCUGGGAUUUCUUUUAUUUAUUUUUUUUAUGUCAUUUGUGACUUUUCUGUUGGGUCAUUUCAGAUACAGGUUAUGGUACAUGUGUGAAUUUCAUUCAUUCAUUCAUUCGUAAUGCGAUUGUUGAUAUCUGUGCCUCUGACUUUUUUGUAUCGCUCCAUUGUGUGCUUUUAUUUGAACUGAAAUUAUGUAGUUGUAGUGAAGGAGUCAUGGUGAUUAUUCUCUCAAAUACGUAAUGGUUUGUGGAUGAGUUCUGCCAGAAUGAAAGAAAGGAUAAAAGACAGUCAAUGAAGCUGCGAGAUGUGCAUAAAUCAAAGAUCAGAUCAUUGUUAUUGGGGAGAUUCCAGUUGAGGCUAUAUUUAACAGAGCAGAGAAUAACGAUUAAAGGCUUAUACAAUCUCA